AUGUCCUUUGUCGAAGAUAGCCAAAACACCGCGCCGGGCGGUGUCCCAGUAAACAAGCGCAGUGGCGCGCAGAAGGACGCCGAAGUAGGCCAGAAAGCUGUGAAGAGGUUGCAGACGGAGCUUAUGCAGCUCAUGACCUCACCGGCGCCGGGAGUGUCCGCUUUCCCUUCAGCAGAUGGCAACCUGCUUACCUGGCGGGCGACCAUCGAAGGCCCCGAAGGCACACCCUACUCUGGGCUCACUCUUAAACUCAGCUUCGAAUUCCCGAAGAACUACCCCUACGCGCCGCCCACGGUGCUGUUCCGGACUCCUAUCUACCACCCCAACUUUGACUUCUCCGGGCGCAUUUGUCUCGACAUCCUGAAGGACAAGUGGACAGCAGCAUACAACAUCCAGACUGUACUAUUGAGCCUCCAGUCCCUGCUUGGAGAGCCAAACAAUAAAUCCCCGUUAAACGGCGAAGCUGCUAAGUUAUGGGACCAGGACCCGACGCUAUUCAAGACCAAAGUUAUGGAACGUCACAAGGACCUUGAAGAUGAUUGA